AUGGCUUAUGCUUAUCCACCAUCACCAGGUUAUGCAGCAUAUCCACCUGCUCAACCUGUUUACUACGGUAGUCCGUAUCCAGCACAGCCACAACCACAGCCUGUAGUUAUUCAACAACAACCAGUUUAUGUGCAACCGUAAGUUUUGAAUAGUUUUGAAUAGAAAUGACACCUGGGUAAUUCUAGCCAACUCAAUUUUCACUUCCUUUUCUGCGGCGGGCCCCGUUUUUUCAGACAAAUUCCCCAGCUUUAAAUUUCAGAGCUCCUUAUGUUGGUCAUCAUCAUCAUCAUAACGAUGAGUAAGUACUUCUAUAACUCACUAUAUUUUUUUUCAUUUUAAAACCUCACUAUGUUUUUUUUUUCAGUUGCUGCGCAGCGUUUUGUGCUGGUUUAUGUAUUGGUGCUUGUUGUUUAUAA